UUCGUUUUUCGCCUGCUGCGUGCGAAGGAGAGAGAGAGGAAAAAACGGCUCUCAGCAAAGAAACAAGAAGGAAGAGCAAUGGCGACACUGGAUCGUCAAAUACCAAGUGUGGAUACCUUCCUUUGCGAGCCUUGGUCUUCCUUCGUCAGUGCGGCUAAAUUACGUUUUGUUGACAACGCAGACUCGUCCUUGGAUAACAGCGACAAGGAGCUUUACUGCCUCGGUGAAGUGCUGAAGCUCAACAAAGAAGAGAUGCUUGUCUACAGCCACUUUCCAGCACUGGAGGAUUUUUGUCUAGUUGUCUGCCAUGUCUGCAAUCAGGUGGUCACUCCUCAGGGCAUCCUCACACAUUAUGAGAAGCGCCACGUCUCCCCCGUCCCCUCCAGGAGCCCCCUGGUACCAAUGAAGCCCAAAGCACCUGCAGUGUCCCCCUCUGUGGCUCCCAGUCCUGGGGACACACUGGCCUUCAGGGUCCCUAAAGAUUACCCUCACUCUCGCUUCAGCAAGGCCCCACUUGCUGUCUACCCACCAAAGGGAGCACGGAACAAGACAUGUAUAUCCCUUCCAGUCGUAAGCCUGGAGAAGAUGCCUUGCCUCAACCGAGCCGAUUCGGUGUCACAUGUGCGCCUCACUUCCUCUUGCUCCCCAUCUCCCUCUUCCAUCAAACCUCCGUCCCUCACUCCCCUAGCCUCCCAGCGGUCCAGCGAGAAGCUCACGAACGGUCGCGGCACCAGCGGGCCGUCCACGCCGCGCUCCACCACGUCUCCAUCGUCUCUGGACGGGCGGCCCAGUCCGGCACGCUCUCCGCUGGACAGACGGCCGUCGUCUACACCUUCUCCUUCCCUCCUGGACCGGAAACCCUCCCCGUCACCAUCCCCUUCUCACCGAUCUGGCGCUCUGCCGUCAUCGUCGUCGUCGCAGUUGGAGAAGAAGCAGCAAAACGGAACUAAGACUUCCUCCAGGUCGCAGAAAAGACUCUCAGGGCGAGUGUUUGAUCCUAACAAGCACUGUGGAGUCCAGGACCCUGAGACUAAACGACCCUGCACGCGGUCUCUCACCUGCAAGACUCACUCUUUAACCCACCGCCGAGCCGUCCCCGGCCGAAGGAAACAUUUCGACAUCCUCCUGGCCGAACACAAGGGGCGGGCGAAGGUGAAGGAGGGAGUGAAGGAGAAGGAGAAAGACAGGGAUGGAAUGCAGGGAGGGAAGGAAGGCAGCAACCAGAGUAUCACGUCACAAGAGACCGCAUAUCCCAGCAAGCCUCACUGCCCAAAUGGACGACCCCUGUCCACGCUGAAGCUACGGCUGGCAAAUGCACACAUACCCAGGGCUCCAGGCUCCAACAUCUCCACCUCCAGUCCUCUGCCCCUAGUGCCAGCCCCUAACCCAGAGCCGUCUCCCCACAGUUGGGUGACGGCAGCAGGAGAUGGCAGUCGACUUUCCAGUGACGAAGGAGAUGCAGAGACUCCAGAGGAAACUGACAGACCUGCCUUUCACUACUCCAAUCACCACCCACAGCCUUUAGGGUUUUGCAUAUUCAACAGCAGGCUGAUGGGACGGGGCCACUAUGUGUUCGACAGGCGAUGGGACAGGAUGCGGCUGGCCCUCCAGAACAUGGUGGAGAAACACCUCAACGCACAGAUGUGGAGGAAGGUGCCUCUGGCUGCUGAGAGCCUACUCUCCUCCUCUGGUACCUCCCCGGUUACUUCACAACAGACUCCCUCUCCCACCUACGCCACUUCUCCUCUCCUCUUCUCCCCCUCCAACUCCCUCUCCUACACUGCCACAUAUUCUCAGUCUGCAUCCAUGGCUGGGGUGUUCAGCAUUCGAGACGCUGCACAGCCAGUCGCCCCAGUUUCCGCACUGGGUAAAGCCCGUAACGGCACACAUAAAGCCAGCCGCCCAUCCAAAGACAUGGAGGACUCUGUAGUGGGAUCUAAGAAGAGAAAAAACUCUUCCUACUCCUCCCCAUCCUUUUCUUCUUCUUCCUUGUUUUCGACUGUGGAUAAUCACAAGAGGAACGGCAGCAGUUAUCAUUCAGCAUUACAAGGUUCAGGAGGGACAGCAGCAACAACCCCAGCCAGGAAAAAGGGACUUGGGCGUGGGGGAAGCGCUCUUUGGAGCGGUGGAGAGGACUGGCUAUCUAGAGCCGAUGGGUUUCGAAGCCACAACUCACAGAACAGUCGGGAACUUGGCGCGACCAGUAUACCCCACUCACCCAACGGGGAGCCUGCCUCCACCCCCCAUCAGCCCCUAGCUCCCCCCUCCGGACCCUUGGCUUAUGGGGGGGGAGCAGAGGGGAGGAAGAGGAGGAGUCCCAGCUCUUACAGAGGAAAGGCCAGCAAGCUGAGCAGGCCGAGCGGGUUGGAGAGCCUCUCUGGGAAUGGGAGCGACAGCGGGGGGAUACUGGCCGAGUCCCAGAGACAGGCCAAGUUGCAUCACUGACAGAAACCAAUUUCAUGGACUGAAUGUUGGGCAGCUGUGCAGGCCACUACCGUUUGUGACCUUUGACCUCACUGCUCUUCCACUGAGAGCACCAAUCAGACUGCUUCAUCUCGGCGAUGUCACCCAUAUUUACCCAAUGACAGUUCAGUUCACUCACUGUGACAUCGGGGCUCUGGAGUCUCUACCCACAGUUAGCUGGCAGUCACUGCCACUGUCCACCUUCUUGUUGUGGAGCAUUUUGAUGAAAAGCUGCCGUGCACCACUGUGGUCGCGGUCUUUUUCAGAACAAGACAGUGGAAUCCAGAAACUCAUCCUCUGAAAAGGGAAUUUGCCUCACAUAGUUUUCAAGGCAUUGUCAAUAAUACCACCACUGUACAAUUUUUGGGGAGACAUUUUUUUUUUUUACAAUCAGUUUAUUUUCUGGUUGUUCUAAACAUUUUCCUGGUUGCUGUGCCCGGUCAGUUGACAAGGAAAGAGAUUGUGAUUGUGUAUGGGAGUUAGAUGGUUGAAGGACCUACUGACACGACUACUAUAGGACUCAGCCUUCGGCUAUGCCACCUCAACUCAACGCCCCUUUUUCUGUCUUUCUCUUGAUUUUAGCUUUUCCUCCUCAAAGAGGGACGAGACAACAGCAGUUGUAGUUGGGUUUUAUCCAGCCUUUUCUCCUCUUUAAACCUCUUCCUUUUUCUUUAUUUCUCUCCAUCUUUCUUUACUACUCUUUAUAUCAAAAAACUUUGUCAACAUUUCUACAAUUCUCUUUUUUUCCUUUCUCCCCCUCUCUCCCUGUCCAUCCCAGCAUGCCCGUGUUCAAAGUGCACUUACUGCCCUCGCUUCCCCUUGCCUUCCCUCUUCACUGACUCCAGAGCAGUCUCCAGCAGUGCCACACGAGGACCUGUUCACACAAGGGAAGAAAAAAUGUCUGUGUUACCAAUGCCGCCACGUCAAUGCAUUGUAUUUCAAUAUAGGAAGAAAACUGAUUUAAUUGAAGAUUGUUUGUUUUUCUUUGUUCUGGUUUUAAAUGUUGCAAGAAACACAAACUCCUGUCUGUGUGUCAGGACUUGCAUCCAAAAAGGAAUUAUUACUACGGAGUUGGAUCUUUAUUUUGUAUAAUAAUUUAUCAUUCUUAAAUGAUGUUUGUUUUCUAACUGACCAUCGAGGUUUGAGCUAACAGACUUUUUGAGCAAAAAAUUAUUUUUAUGGCAUUUUGAAGAAAUGUUGAAAGUAUUAUGAUAGUUCAUAUUGUUGAAAAUGUGUACAUAUCUGUUGUUAUUUUUGUAUUUAUUAAUAAGUGUCCCCUUUUACUAAAUAUGAGCUAAAGAGAGGGAGUAUUUUUGCCCACCUACCUUGGUCUGUGUUUAAUAAUAUUGAUGAGAUUGGCCUGGUUUCUCAAAAUCUUCAAGAAUUUGUUCAUUAGCAAGUUUGUUUUUUAAUUAAUACCAAUUAAUACUCAAACACAGCCAAAUAUGACUGUGACUGCUGUGUAUGUCAUUUCCAUCUCAACAACAACCUGUUGUCAAUUCUAAAAAUUGUUUUAUUCAGGCCUGUUCUAAUAGCUAAUAGUUAAGAGUAACUAAUUAUGUUGCCUGACAAAAAAUAUCUUAACUCAAAGUAUACUCGCAUAGCUUUCAACCGCAUCUGACCAUACAAUUCCAUAAAAUUUACUAAUUGUUAACAGUAUGUACUUUUUACUAAUCAUUAUUGCAUACUGUUUUUUGCAGUUAAUAUACGCAAAUUUAACUGUUUUAUACAGGAAAUGAUACAAUAUAUGCACCGACAGAUGUCAGUCAACUUGCAACUUUGGAAAGCUACUGCCAGUUAAUAUUACAAAUUACAAGGAGAAAGCUAAAUAUUAUUUCCAAACAUUUUAUAGUGAAUUUUUUUGUUUUCCUAGAUCUUUCUGGAGCUGUAUCGCCGCUGCCUGCGCAUUUUUCUUUUUUUUUCUUUCUUUUUUUUUUGCAACAAUGAGCAGCUCCAUUUCCUCUGUGGCAACGUACAAAGGUCCAUCAAGCGCACACUCAAAAAAUUAUUUUUGUAUUUUCCUGCUGACUUUUUUUAAGUAAGUCUACUCGAUGUGGUCACUUUUCCAGUGUGAGCACUACAUACUCAAAACUUGCAUAGAAUUAGUAUGCAGUUUGAUAUUGGGACCGAGUUACAGCCUUCAUCAGCAGAUGGAGUUUACUCAGUUGCCAUGGAGAUGGUUCAUGUGUCAUCACGUGACCAAAAUACUUUAGUGAAACCUCAUUCAUCGCUUUUGUCAAGACUUCAACCUCUUUAGAUCUUGUCGAGAUGAUGGUCUAAAAUGUCAGUUAACGGUCAUGUUUCUAUACUAGUAUUUCUCUUCACAUUUCUAUUAGCUCUCUGCGCCACCACACAAUUUGUAUCUGGUUAAUGAAUAAAGGUUGAUUUUGUGAAACCAGGCCCUGGUUAGUAUUUUCAUACAAAGGGCCCCACAUUCCUGUUUGCCUGUGGUUCCACCCUUUUUCAUACUUCUUCCAGUGUUCAAAACUAUAGUUAUAUUUUUUAAACUGUUUUUAUCUUCCAGGACCGAUUGGUCUAGUUGUGUAUGUAAAAUCAAAGCCAGGUCAAAAUGCCUUCACGUACUUCUCAGCUGCACCCCUCACGCUUGGUACCAUUUCUCUUCUCUGGUGGUUCAGUAGCUCACUGCACUGAAAAUGCAGCACAGCCAUUCCUGUCAGCCUUUAAAAUAUGUACAAGAUGCAUACAUACAACAUCAGGUGCACAAAACAAGUGCCGAUUUUAAAGGGGAAAUCCAUGAUUAACAAAUUCAAUCUCGUGCAUUUUUUUUAGCAGCAGCAGUAUGUCCAAAGUAACACAAACAUGGUUAAAUUUAAUGAGGAUGUCAUAUUGUGUAGGUGCAAGAAAAAUUUUAAAUUCAGGAAAUGUGUGGUGAUUUCCUUGCCGUGCCAUAAUAUGUCAAAAAACAAGUGGUAAAAACCUUCAAAAUGUCUGAAACCCUGUCUAUUCAUCCAGUGUUGCUGAGGAAGCUAAAGUAACUGAAAGCAUUUUGAUUUGCUUGAUAGCAGCGUGAAGCUGUGAGCGAUGCUCCCACCUGGUACUUGCCAACUGCUUCAGUGGAAAUAAAUUCUAGGAUUCAUUUGUUUUUUGGGGGGGUUUAUGUUUGUUUGUUUGUUUGUUUGUUUGUUUUUUUUGUCUCAAAAGCAUCUGAGCACUAAUGAUGAAUGAACUGUACAUAAUCAGUUGUAUUUGUGUUAUGUUUUCCCCAAGUGCUUCCCAUGAUGACACUUUAUUCAUCAGUGUGUGAGAUCGUCUAACAGCUCUUAGAUUCAUUUAGUGAUACGGGCUCAGUGGUGACACAUGGUUUAUCAGUUAACUGGUUAACAUGCCUACAAUUACAUUAUUUACAAAUCUUUUUUUCACAAUUUUCUCUGUUUAAUGCAACAUACCAGCAGAUGUACUAGUAUAUAGAUGUCUUAAUGGCUGAAAACCAUGGUUUAAGUGGGAAUCUAUGUUUAGGCAUCAAGAUUUUUUUCCCUCAGUAUCUUCUCACGUUUAUCUACAGAUGAAAGAUGAUGAUCUUAGUGCUAAGAUGUUAUGAAAUGCCACCCUGACUUACUGUUUACAGUAAUAGAAAUGGGAAGUUACAAUCUGUUGCAGCUGAAAUUAAGACAAAGCUCAUGGAUGUUGAUUUCAGAGCAGUUGUAUAUUGUCUUGAAGUUUAUGGAGGUAUUAACAGUUUUUUAAAACCCUCCCCCUUCCUUUUUUGCACUUUGUCAUAAUGCCCAGAUCUUUAAUCAACUUCUAUUUAUGUAAAUAUUUGAGAUAUAAAAAAGAAUCUAUCUAUAUAUUUGUAAAGGUGUUUCUGGCAACUACAGUAAAAGAAGAUGAGUAUAUUCUUGGUGAGUUGGCCCCUAAACCAGCGCACUGUUGUUGCUGAUCCAAAUUGUGGUGAAUGUUGAAUGUCUGAAAAAUGCCUUGCAAGAGUUGUAAGGCUUUAUUCACUCUCACUGCUGUUGGAUCAGAAAAUGGAUUUCCCAUCAAAACAACUGAACACUUGCUGUAAAAGAAAAAGGAAAAAAAAAAAGGUCUUAUAUCCAAGCUUUUAUUAAAUGAUUGAAAGUG